AUGAAUUCCGGAAGCCGGACAGGCCAAGCCAGCCAUGGCACGGACGGCCCGGCGGACCCCAGGAAGCGUCCGUCGAGGGCUGAAGAUGGGCGUCGGGCCAAGCGUGGAAGAUAUACGGCCGUUGCAUGCAACGAGUGCAAGAAGAAGAAGCUCAAAUGCCUGCCGACCGAAGGUCUGACCUGCGAGCGCUGUCUCCAUGCCGGACUCGCCUGUGUCUUUGACGCCCGGCCGCCGUCCCAGACGACGAAGAGCAAACACGACAGGCUCAUGUCACUCGACAGCCAUCGCCUCCGGACCCUCGGCGAAGAGACGGCGCUGCUGCGUCAGCAAGUCGCCGACCUCGCGCAGGCCGUUCAGGAGCUGCAAAGCCCGUCUCCGACCCGGCCCCGGGUCCACGCCCGCCUCGCCAGCAUCCUCACGCCUUCGCCGUCCAACGGUUACGGCGGGGCGAGGACCGUCCCGAAAGACCCGCAGUUCGUCGGGCCCACCCGCCCUGCCUACGGGCUACUGGUCGCCGAGCGGUCCCUGACGCGCAUGGGCAUUCCCGCCUCGGAGCCGGAGCCGGAGAGUCCCCGUGCGUCUCCAACGCCGAGCGAGCGAUCGAGGGGGGAAUGCGCCGACGCCGACGUUGAUUUCUGGAACCGCUGCACGCCCCACGAGCUCUCCCGGCUGCUUGGCGUCUUCGAGGAGGAGGUCGAGUCGGUCUAUCCCUUCAUCGACAUUGUCGAGCUGGCCUCGCGAGCCGACCAAAUCCUCUACCUGAUUCGCAGCCCCGCGUCGAUGGACAAUCAGCAUCGGGAGACGCGGCCCCCCCUGACGUCGAGGGACAUUGAGAUGGCCAAGCUCGCGGCCGCCACGGGCAUCGCCAUCGAGGCACGCGGUAGGAACCAGCUGAGCGCGGCCAUUGCCGAGUCGGUUCAGGAUAGCAUCACGCGCAUAUCGCGCUCCGAGGUGGCGCUCAAAGGAAUACAACUGCUCGUGGCGCUGGUAAGAAGAUCCCGGGGUUGCCUCCCGUUUCCCUCGCUGAGCGCGGCGCAGAGCAUCUACCACUUUCACUGCGACGACGAGCUGCUCGCCUGGCGAACCAUCGGCAUCGCGGCGAGGGAAUCUCUCGAGAUGGGUCUCCACAGGAAAAAGUCGCUUCUCGACAACUUCAAAGACGCGCAGUCGCGGCGCGAUGCCAUGCGCGUCUUCUGGUGCGUCUACGUCCUCGACCGCCGAUGGAGCUUCGGCACGAGCCUCUCAUUUGCCCUCGCCGACCGAGACAUCGACCCCGCGCUGCCCGAGCUGGACGCCGACCACGCCUACCUCAACUGCAUGGUCGGCUACGCCCGGCUGUGCUCCCAGCUCUGGGAUGCCAUCCCUCCCCUCGGCGCGCCCGUCCAGUCCAUCCCGCACGAGACGGUGCGGGCGCUCGACGUCAGCACGCAGGCUUGGAUCGAGGGCAUACCAGCCCACCUGCAGAUGCGGCACCCGCACGCCCUCGUCGCCGCCCGGUCCCAGCCGCGGGUCCUGCACCGGCUGCGCGCCCUGCUCUUCCUGCGCGGCAACUUCACGCGCAUCUCCAUCUACCAGCACUACCUCCUCAGCGCCGCCACGAUGCAGGCCAACCUCGCGAGCGCACGCCUCGUCGUCGACGUAGCCCGCGACAGCGUCGAGGUGCUCGUCCACCUUCACGCGACGACGGACAUUUACUCGCGCCAGCAGAACGCCUUCAACCACUUUCUGCUGAGCGCCUUUGCCGUCAUCGCCCUCGCCGUCUGCCACGCGCCCGACGUCUUCGCCGAGCACUGCCGGGGGAGCUUCCUCGACGCCGUCGAUCUCGUCCGGGGCUUCUCGCGCCACAGCGUCGCGAGCCGGCGGCUGUGGAACAGCAUCCGGGGCUUCCUGCCACGGCUGAACAGGCUGGGGCUGCCAGGCUCCGAGAGGCCGGCCGACGUCUCGAGGAGGGGCUCGGCCGCUCCGGCCGCCGACGCCGCCCAGCUCCACCCUCGUUCGUCUUCGGUCGCCGCCGAGCAUGCCGCGGGUCUCGAAGGCGGCACCCUGGCGACGCCGCAGCCGAUGGGCAUGCCCGACAUGUCGGAGAUAAGCUCCGACCUGCUGGAUCUGUUCGACACUCUCGUGCAGGGGCAAGACUCGGAGCACGAGUUUCCCACGGAGCUUUUCGGUGCCGUCGAGGGAGAGGCGUCGGAGGGGGUUGGACUCUCGCGCCGCUUCCUGCAAGGGUUGAUGUAG